GGAAGUGCAAACCGGCUAGCAUUCUUACUGGUGUGGCUGCUGUCUUCCGCGCGGCUUCUUUCAAGAUGCCAGGAGCCGCGGCCAAGGUCUCGGAGUUGUCCGAGAGGAUCGAGAGUUUCGUGGAGGCCCUGAAGCGGGACGGUGGGCGGCGCAGCUCCGAGGACAUGGCUCGGGAGACCCUGGGGCUGCUGCGCCAGAUCAUCACGGACCACCGCUGGAGCCACGCAGGGGAGCUGAUGAAACUGAUCCGCAGAGAGGGCCGGAGGAUGACGGCCGCGCAGCCCUCAGAGACCACGGUUGGCAAUAUGGUGCGGAGAGUGCUCAGAAUCAUCCGGGAGGAGUAUGGCAGACUCCACGGACGCAGCGACGAGAGCGACCAGCAGGAGUCCCUGCACAAACUCUUGACAUCCGGAGGCCUGAGCGAGGAUUUCAGCUUCCAUUAUGCCCAACUCCAGUCCAACAUCGUUGAGGCAAUUAAUGAGCUGCUUGUGGAGCUGGAAGGGACAACAGAGAACAUUGCAGCCCAGGCUCUGGAGCACAUCCACUCUAAUGAGGUGAUCAUGACCAUUGGCUUCUCCCGAACAGUAGAGGCCUUCCUCAAAGAGGCUGCCCAGAAGAGGAAAUUCCAUGUCAUUGUGGCAGAGUGUGCUCCUUUCUGUCAGGGUCAUGAAAUGGCAGUCAAUUUGUCUAAAGCAGGUAUUGAGACAACUGUCAUGACUGACGCUGCCAUUUUUGCAGUGAUGUCAAGAGUCAACAAGGUGAUCAUUGGCACAAAGACCAUCCUGGCCAACGGUGCCCUGAGAGCUGUGACCGGAACUCACACUCUAGCAUUGGCAGCAAAACACCAUUCUACCCCACUCAUUGUCUGUGCCCCUAUGUUCAAGCUUUCGCCACAGUUCCCCAGUGAAGAAGAUUCAUUUCACAAGUUUGUGGCUCCUGAAGAAGUCCUGCCCUUCACAGAAGGUACAGAAGUACCUGUGUGUGCACGGGACAUCCUGGAGAAAGUCAGCGUUCAUUGCCCUGUGUUUGACUAUGUCCCCCCAGAGCUCAUUACCCUCUUUAUCUCCAACAUCGGUGGGAAUGCACCUUCCUACAUCUACCGUCUGAUGAGUGAACUCUACCAUCCUGAUGAUCAUGUCCUUUGAUACCACUCGUCCUGAGCAGAAGCUGCUUAGGCAAACCCAGAAUGGAGAGGGCACUUUGGUGCCACUGCCGAAACGCAUUUUCCUUGUAGUGACUGGAGUCAACCCAAAAAAGCUGGAUACUGUUUCCUGCCGUUUUAGUCAUCCCGCGACAAGGAUGCAUGUCCAGGACUGGUUUGGUGUAGGGGUGGGUUUUUUUUUGUUUUUUUUUUUUUCCUUUUGCCUUUCACAUCUUAACAGAGCAGCAGGGCUUGACCUAUUGAUUUUGGAGCUUCUUAGUGACCUGGGGUGUCUGUUUCAGGAACUUAAACUUUCUGGUUCACUGGUGUGUUAAACAUAACACUGAAUAGCUUGCUGGGAUACAGGUUUUUCCUCAGAAAUGGCGACCACACCUUUUUGUAGGCUGUGCCAAUAAAAGCUGCUCGAAGGUUCCGGAAUUGGUUUAUUUAUUGUUCUGCCCUGAUUGAACUGCCUGAAA